GAGGGGUGGGGGUACACAAAAUGUCAUCUUCAUCAUCCUAAAUAAGAGGAAAACACAAAAGUGGAAAUGUCCACACGUGACGGCAGCACGGUGCUAUAUGAGGGAAAAAGCAGCAAGCAUCAGGACCAGUGUGGAGUCGGUCUCCGCGCAACCUCAGCAGCAGCGCGCAAAACCAACUCCGUCUCUCUCUCGCUCUCCCUCCCUCCUUCUCUCCCCCUCUCUCAGUCGCCGGUCUUUCCUUUCUGCUUAAAAAGCAACAAAUGUGAGUUCUGCUUCUCCAAUGGGACCAGACCGAAUGAGGAAACGCAGGUAAAAGGAAUUUAAGUGUUUGCAGAGAGGAGGAAAGGAAAUCCCCCUCCACUGCUGCCACCUCGACCUUUGCGCGCUUGUGGGGGACACAAGUUUCUCACACAAAAAGGGAUGCUGCGUGUUCCAGAGCCACACUUGCACUCAGAGAGAACCUAAGGUGGACCAGAGCGGAGUUGGCUCACACUUCAUCUGAGGCAAGCGCACCCAAACAGACACUUUUGACUGAGUGAAAGGAUCAGCGCGUCCCGUAAAAUGAUCCCAAUGGGCGACGUGAUACCAUGUCGCAUCUCGUCUGAUGUUUGACACAUUUGAGCAGCGACAAAGGAAACUGGGGGAGGACAUUUACAAACUCGGAGAGUUGAAUCCAAGCCCCGUUGGCACCUUUUUUUUUGCUGGAGUCCGGACAACAGAUCACCGUCCAGAUGCAGUUUCGACUCUUCUCAUUUGCCCUGAUCGUAUUGAACUGUAUGGAGUACAGCAACUGUCAGGCGCCGUCGCACCGCUGGAGGAGAAAUAAAAGAGCUAGCUAUGGAGCCUACCCCAUCUGUAAGGGCUGCUCGGUGUGCUCCAAGGACAACGGCUGCGUAAACUGCCAGCCCAAACUCUUCCUUUUCCUGCGACGUGAGAGGAUGAGGCAGUAUGGGGAGUGUCUUCACGACUGUCCGGCCGGAUAUUACGGCAUGCGCAGCCCUGAACUCAACAUGUGCUCCAGGUGCAGAAUAGAGAACUGUGAGUCCUGCUUCAGUAAAGACUUCUGCACCAAGUGCAAGUCAGGGUUUUACCUACACAAAGGGCGCUGCUUUGACAAAUGCCCUGAGGGCUUUGCUCCUCUGGAAGAUACCAUGGAGUGUGGAGAGGGCUGUGAGGUGGGCCAGUGGAGCGAGUGGGGAGCCUGCACCAGGAGAAACAAAACCUGUGGCUAUAAGUGGGGUCUGGAAACCCGGACGCGGCACAUUGUAAAGAAACCACCCAAGGACACAAUACCCUGUCCCACCAUUGCUGAGUCCAGGAUGUGCAAAAUGGCCAUGAGGCACUGCAGGAGAGGCCCAGUGAAGCACCGACCCAAAGACCCCAAAAAGAAGAACAAGCAAAGGCUGCGGCUUCGGGCCCAGAACCAGCACAGUGACCACUUGGCCUCUGCACGCUCCAGCCAAUGAGGACUAAAACUGCCCAAGAACAAAGAACCAACGCAAAGCUGCUAAGCUCCUGCUGCAACACCCACAUUUUGACCAACGAUGACUCCUAACCUCCCCUUAAUCUCUGUUACCCACACAGACCAUGGACCCAGCCACAACAAUAUAUGUCUAAUAUACAAUGUCACUAUCAACACAAUAAACACUUGCUUCAUGUCUCUGCCUCCUGCUGCUUCCUCACUCCUGCAGUCAACAGCCAGAUGACUCCCCUCCCCUCAACCCCAGCCUUUGCUUUGCCUUGUGGACCCUUAAAGUCCAAAUAGCUGAACUCAUUUCCCAUCAUGUAUCCAGUGUCAUUAAUCUUCCCAUUCUGAUGGAAGACAGAACCUGAUGGAGAAUGGUGGUAACAAGAGGAAGUGCAAGAGUUUAGGGCACAUAAAACUGCCCUCAGACUGGACUGGAGUGGAAGGGGGUCGAACCACGGAGGGUCGGCAAAGAGAUGGAGAGUAAAGGGGCAGAAGAGAUUUGGGCUGAAGCAAAUGAUGCUGAUGGACAGGAAAAUGGCAUCUGAAACUGAAAGAGACUUAUUUUCAACUCCUAUAUUUAUGUAAAGCUACCCGUUCCUCUGAAUGGAGACAGAGUGUUCCCAUGAUGUGUGGCCUUUAUGUUAUGUACAUUUUUGAGAGUAAUAUUAAAAGAAAUUACCAUGCAUAGUUGCAAAGUAUUUUAUUCUCAGCACAAACUGUUUACGUCAGACCGCUUUAUGCUCUAAAUGUAUAGUGUGGAUAAAAAAAUAAAAGAAUAAAUUUAGUUGUUUGACUAGCAUGGCAUCAGACUUGUGUACAUAGUUUAUCUAAUUCUGGAAGCUUAUUACUGUAUUUUCAGUAUUGACUCGUUCACUCGUUCUAAAUGUUUUAGAAAUCAAACAAAGGCUGUAACACCAAGCUACGGAAUAAAAUCAAAUAAUAAUCAUAGCCGCAAACAUAAUUAUUUCAUUUAUAUGGUAUAUAUUUGAAUUAUUUAUUAACUCGAUUUUGUACUUUUUUGGUCAGUCGACAUUUUUGCCUCAUUCUGUUCUCUCUUAUACGAAGAGAAUAUUCUUUGAGCUCCUUCAUAACAGUGCGUAUCUUUGUCAUGUGCAACAGUUUUUCUGUCCGAUGUCGCAAAAAAUGUUGUUAUUAUGUUUCAUUUGACCUCAUCUACUGAUUCCAGUGUUUCAAAGAAAAUGAAAAGAGAAAGAAAAUACUAUGCUUUGAUCAAUUCUAGGUUUUAAUAAUUAGGAUCCAGCAAAUGUAUGGUCAUAGGACUGCAUAUGUGUACAUUGUGUUUUAUUAAAUUACAUUUCAUGUGACUGUACGAUGAAGCUUUCAUUAUUGUCUAUGGUUAUAAUAUAUGUGGUUAAACUCUGAAACUGAUGUUUUUCUUGUCUCACAGUUGUGAAUGUGAUUAAAAAACCCCAAAAAGAAAGCAUUUGGGAAAUCCAUUAUGAAAUAUUUCAGGACGUAGUUUUCACAAACAGCCAGAGACUUUGAUGAAGCCUCCUAAAUGCUAUAAACAGCAGAUUUAGUUUCUGUCUCGAUCAUUUUCACCACCAGACAGAAAUGUUCUGAAAAUAUGCAACUCAUGGUGACACUUACGAUUAUUAUCAC